AUGGCACAUCCUACGAGCAGCAGCUCGGCGGAACGCACUCCACUUCUUCACCAGGACGACUCGUCCGUGACCACCUCCUCGGCAUCAAAGUCGCCAGCUUCAUCUUCUCUCCCACCUAAUGAGAUAUCCCGUGCUGGUGAUGAUAGCAAUGAUACUGAGGCUGCGCCUCCAAUAUCUCGCGCCAGAGGUGCUGUCAUCAUCUCAUCUGUUGGCUUGCUCAUCUUCCUUCAAGCAACCAACAUCUCUAUUCUAACAACUACACAAUCCGCAAUCGCGGCUGACCUGGAUGCCUUCGAGAAAGCAAGUUGGUUCACAUCAUCUUAUCUCAUCGCAAUGUCUUCUCUUGCUCCGUUAAUGGGACGAUUGUCUCAAGUCUUCAGCCCUCGCAUGGUCAUGUUCGUGUCCGAUAUCGUCAUCUGCAUUGGAACCAUCAUCACUGCCACUUCUGUCUCAUUUGAGAUGUUCAUCGCGGGUCGCAUCGUGACAGGAGCUGGCGCGGCGGGGAUGCUCGUCGUUGCAAGCAUCAUUGCCAUCCAGAUGGCCGGGCCGAAGAGAAGAGGUCUUUUCCUGGGCCUGGUCAACACCGGAAUGACCGUCGGCGUGUCUCUGGGAGCCGUCAUUGCUGGUGCACUGGAACCAGUUAUUGGAUGGAAACCCGUCUUUGGCCUGCAGGCGCCGCUCGCCUUUAUCGGAGGCAUAGGUCUACUCUUAGGGAUUCCCGCAGGCUACAAGUCAAAAGGGAACUCCUACAGCGGCCUCACACUUCGCCAGAAACUUGCCCGCAUCGACUAUUCAGGGUGUUUACUUCUGAUUAUCACUAUCACGCUUUUCCUUCUCGGCUUGUCCGGUCCUCGCAUCCUCGCCACGCCUUUGAUUUUGUCUGCCUUUGCUCUUCCGGUCUUCAUCCUUAACGAAGUAUACGUCGCGCGUGAUCCUGUUAUCCCAAUCACUAUCUUCAAGUCUCGUGGCACUCUUUUGACUUGUUUAGCUACCGUUGGUUUCAUGAUGGCCAGGUGGUGCGUCUUAUUCUAUUCCCCAGUGUAUGCUCUUGCUGUGCGAGGGUGGAAGCCCGCAGUCGCUGGGUCUAUCCUCAUCCCGACAAAUGCUGGGUUCGCCAGUGGUGGCCUUCUGGCUGGAUACUUCCACAUCCGCCGAGAUGGAAGUUUCUACGGUCAUACAUUGAUCUCAAUCUUUCCCAUCACCCUCUUCGUCAUCGGCUUUCUCAGCACCGCACAGAGUUCGUCUGCCUUGUAUAUUAUCAUGGUUUUCUUGAAUGGCCUUGUCACCGGCGCAUCGCUCAACUAUGCACUCGUCCACCUCCUCCACCUCACCGUUCCGGACGUGCAUCCCGUUGUUCUGUCCCUCCUCGCAACAUUCCGCGGCUUCGCUGGUAGUUUCGGCGCAGCGAUUGGCGGCGGACUGUUUGGCCGCGUCCUACAGAAAAGCCUCGUGGAAGGAUUCAAGGACGCUGGAUUGAAUCAUCGCGGUGACCUUGUCCGCAGACUAUUGGGUAGCCCAGCAUUGGUUCGUUUGUUAGACGGUGCCGAGAGACAGGUCGCAACGCAUGGGUAUGAAGAUGCUCUGCGAACACUGUUCUAUAGCGGAGUGGGUCUUGCCGUGGUGGUGGUCUUUGUGCAAGCUGGCACGGGAUGGAACCCGCCAGUGAAGGAGGUAGGGCAGGUAGAGGAAGAUGAAGAGGUCGGAGGUGAGGAAUCUCUGCUUGGAGGCUCGUAG